GACUUGUGGAAUUUUAUUUUUUUUUAUAUUUCUGCGAAGGGCAUUCUGAAAAGAAAUCUACUGGGGUUCUCAGCAAACUUGUGGGAGCAGUUUUAUAAUAGUUAAAAAAUAUGGAAUUUUCUAUAUACUACAAUGCGUAUUUACAGUGGAGGUGAAUAUAGACAUAUUUCAUCAAAUGAUGUGUUGUAUCAUUUCAUUAGGUAGGGCCUAUGUGAUUGUGAAAUGUAAGAACUCAUUGCAGUUUGCAUCAAAGCUUCAGGAGAGUCUUUAAACGUCAUUUUCGGCCACUCCCAGCACCGGUAACGUAAAUGCAUGAAUAGACGCGCAAAAUCCAAAGGCGGCUGGUUUUACCUGGAUUUUGCAAUCGACGGUUCACAUUUGAACCCACCGCAGUAAACAUUCCUGCUACAACAGGCCUGCAGACAAAUUAAUACAGGCCACCAUACAGAAUGUUAUAGGAAACCAUCUGGAAAGUUCCUCAAUAAUUAAAAGGAAAGAUGUCCCGGGUGACAGGGACCCGGAGAAAAAAACAAAAAGCAAUUUGCACAACAUACCUCACCUGCUGCAGCACCUCUCCUUUCCGCCGUGCACGCAAGGCGCAUGAAUCAACAGUAUAGUGAAAACUUUCCUUAAUACUCAAUGAAUUUUCACACAAUGCAAUGCAGGUGACAAUCUAUAUUUUUCUUUUUACUUUUAAAGUGAAAGUUGUGCAAUGCGCCAUGGGCGGGCAUUGCACACACACACACACACACACACGGCUACGGACUGCAGCCAGAAAUACCUGUAGCAACGAGCAGCGACACGUCCAGCAGGAAGGCUAAUGCGAUACUCGUUCUCACCUGUUGAGUGUUAAAUCAAAAAUCCACCAGGAUUAAUCGCUGCGAAGCGAAACCUUGUAGAUUACAGACAUCUGUUUGGACAUCUGGAAUCACCAAAUCAGUGAGUUGAAUCAUCUCGAUCACCGGUGUUUGAUUAAAACUUGACCUUUAACCAGGUAAAGGAGAGGUGAGAAUGAGCAAGAAGGCCAGUGGAGUGCAGACCAUCCGAGAAGCGCUCACAAGGCAAAUUGAAGAGGACGAGGAAGGAAAGGUGACAGAAGAGGAAGAGCCCAGAGCCUGCGGUGUGUGUGGAGAUCUGGCCAAGGGUUACCACUUCAACGCCUUGACAUGCGAAGGCUGCAAGGGCUUCUUCAGACGUGCCAUAAAGAGGACAACGCAGCUUCACUGUCCGUUCCUGAAUAAAUGCAGUAUAACCAAAAACAACCGGCGGUCGUGUCAAGCCUGCCGCUUCCGUAAAUGCCAGGCCAUAGGCAUGCGCAAAGAAAUGGUCAUGUCUGAGAAGGAGGUAUUAGAGAGGAGGAUCCGAAUCAAGAAGAAGAAGAUGCUCGACGCACCAGUACAGCUUUCAUCCCAACAAGAGGAGACCAUUCAGGAGCUACUCUGUGGCCACCGCAGCACAUUUGACUCAGCAUUUUACCGCUUCAGUGGCUUUAGGCCUAUGGACAGAAACAUCCUUCCUGUGAGUGAGUACAACCAGUCUGCAAGCAAGCCCUCGGAUGCCUGCUCCCUCUCCUCGUCAUCCUCCAGUCUCUGUGGUACCAGUGUUUUCACUGCUCUUCCACACGUGACUGACCUCACAACUUACAUGAUCCAGGACAUCAUUAGUUUCUCCAAAAAUCUCCAGGACUUCCGGUCUCUAACCAUGGAGGACCAAAUUGCUCUGUUGAAGGGAGCCACAUUUGAAGUUAUGCAGAUCCGCUUCAACAUGGUGUUCAACGCAAAAACAAGCAUCUGGGAAUGCGGCCAUAUUACAUACUGCAUAGAUGACGCUGUACGAGCGGGCUUCCAGCCGCUCCUGCUGGAGCCUCUGCUCAAAUUUCAUCACACACUGCGCAAAUUGGGCCUGCAGGAGGAAGAGUAUGUUCUCAUGCAAGCCAUGUCCCUAUUUUCUCCAGACCGUCAAGGUGUACAGCAACACAGCAUGAUUGACGAACUUCAUGAAAACUUGGCGCUGACACUAAAAACUUGGAUUGACUGCAAGAGAACAGGACCAAAAAAACACUUGCUGUACCCCAAAGUGAUGGCCUGUCUCACCGAGAUGAGAACAAUGACUGAGGAGUACACCAAACAGGUUCUGCAGAUCCAGGACAUCCAGCCUGAUGUUCUCUCUCCUCUCAUAAUGGAGGUGGUCAGUAAAAACCCCUGUAAUGACUUCUAAUACUGACUGUAAAUGGACAACUCAAGCGCUCUGGGUCCAGCUUUGUUAAUUAAUAACAGAGAUCCUAAACUGAAAACCAGCUGGAUGUACUCAUUGAUUUAAAGCAAAGUAUUCAGUUUUUGUUGUUUACAAGUGUGUCAAAAUACUAAAGAAUGCAUUUCUGUCAUGUAAUAGUCUUGAGCAUAGACCGCACAAAAACCUGAUCAGAUGAAGAUGAUUGUAAACCUCACAGUCUGAGUCAUUGAAGUCCUGCUCAAAUGUCUGUUCUCUGCACACUGCCUGCAAGUCAAAGAAGCCAUGAGUAAGACAGCAUUAAGUUUUACAAAGUUUGUUUUGUUAACAGGUUACAAUACUGGUGGAUUAUGGUGUAUUUCACAUGUUAAUUGUUUUGCUUACAUUAAGUACAUAUUGUGUCUAUGAAUGAAUGUUGAGGUAAAGUUGUGAGGUUUAACGUUUUUCAAAAACGUUAAACCUCACAACACAAAACGUUGCACACAGAAUUGUCAGAGACCAUGAUGUGUUUUCUCAGAGAAUGGAAAGAGCUAUAGUUGCAAAGACAGUCUUUGGGUUUUGUAUAUGUUGCCUCAAGUUGUGUUUAGUUUUGUGUUUUGAUGCCAUCAUGUGAAACAAAAAUACUCUACACUACUUUUGAAUAAAACUGACUAAAAGUA